AAAGAUCUUUCAAAAACAUGUCUACGAGUUGCAAGGCUAUCGUUGCUCCCAGUGUGCUUGCCGCUGAUUUUGCCAAUCUUGCGCACGACUGCGAUGAAGUCGUCAAAGGUGGCGCGGACUGGCUCCAUCUUGACUUCAUGGAUGGUCACUUCGUUCCGAACUUGUCUUUCGGCUUCCCCGUGGUAGAGAGCCUCGAUAAGUACUAUAAAAAACAGGAGUCCGAGACUGGUCAUGCUCAUCCGUUCUUCGAUGCUCACAUCAUGGUUAGUAACCCGAUGCAGUGGAUCGAAGAUUUGAAGAAAUGUGGAUGCAACCAAGUUGAUUUCCAUAUAGAGGCCGUCAAGGAUCACGACGAGUGUCUUCGAGUUUGUCAAGCCAUCCGCGAGAAAGGAAUGCGAGUGGGUAUCGCUGUAAAGCCGAAGACGCCCAUCAGUGCAGUCCAAUCUGUGUUGGAUAUUGGAAGGAAGGACGGCGCGGAAAAGGCGAUUAUCGAUGAUCUCUUGGUGAUGACCGUGGAGCCGGGUUUCGGUGGACAGAAGUUCAUGCCCGACAUGAUGGUUAAGGUUGAAGAGGCACGGAAGCGUUACGGCCAUUCUCUGGAUAUUACUGUUGACGGUGGGCUCAACUCUACAACUUCCAUCGUUGCUGGUGAUGCUGGCGCGAACGUCAUUGUCGCUGGAAGUGCCGUUUUCCGUACUAGCGAGCCAGAGUCAGUCAUUGGCGUGAUUCGCAAGGCUGUCGAAGAGGGAAUGACGAAGAGAGCUGCUGAGAUGGACGAGUGAAUUUCCACUCCGUGUAGAUGUGAAAAUAUUCAUCAUGUUUAUGUAUUACUUACGCUGUUAUCUGUUGGAAAAUGUCUGGUCCCGUGCGCUACUGUCAUCCUGAGAUACAA